ACCGUUACGGCCUCGCGCUUACACAAAGUUCUGCCCUACGCUUCCUCACGCCCUCCCCUCGGCCUCCCUCUGGGGGGAGAGACCCACACAGCCGCUCGGGGCUGACCCGGAGCCAGGGAGCGGGACGGACAGCGGGACGAGGGUGACCCUUGCCGCAGCCUCGGAGCCGGCCCCGGAGGUUCCCGCCGUGGGGGGGGGGAAGGCCGCACCGGGCCCCCCCCGCCCCUCCGCAGGUGCAACGCCCCCGCCCGCCGCCGGCCUCUACCACGCCGCGCGGUGCGUGGGGAGGGAGUCGAGGCGGGUGUGGCACUCCUGCCUGCGGGGGAGCGUCCCGCCGGGCUGGGCUCUCCCGCCAACACCCCCCUCCCGCGUGUCGCUGUGGAACGGGCCGGGACCGGAACCCGGCGCUGCCGGCAGCGGCACCGCAAGAUGGAGGUGCGGGAGGCCGGGUUAGGCGGUAGGGCGGGUAGCAGCGCUGACAGCCUGGCUGAGGAAGAAGAGGAGGACGAGGAAGAGGGUCCCGGCAGCGGCCGGUGCAGCCGCACCUCGUCGUUGGUGAGCGGGCUGCUUACCGAGCUCUACAGCGCCGCCGAGGCGGCCGCCCCUUCGGGCAGCGCCCACGCCCGCGUCCUGCGGGAGCUGCAGCAGCAGCGGCGGCCGAGCCAGGUCAGGUACCUGCGGCUGAAAGAUGUCAAUGAAUUAACAACUAUAAAACGAGAACUGAAUUACAGAAUUUCUGUUCAAUCAGCAAAGUUGCUUCGUCUUCUGAAGCAGAAAGACAGGCUUGUACAUGAAGUCCAGAAGAACUGUGAUAUUGUCACAGCUUGUUUACAGGCGGUUUCCCAGAAACGACAUCCCCGCUCGCCGGGAGGAGAGCCGGGGCCCCCAACCCGCCCGGCCCGGCCAUGCCCCCCGCCCCGCCGCCCUGAGGGCCACCCUUCGGCUACGGCUGGCAGCGAGGCCCCGGCGGGGCGGCGGGCCGGGGCUGCCAUGCGGCAGGACAAACUGACGAGCUCGCUCAGACGCGGGGGGCGAUGCCUGAAGCGGCAGAGCUCGGGGGGUGGCGGCGGCGGCGUGGGCACCAUCCUCAGCAACGUCCUCAAGAAGCGCAGCUGCAUCUCCCGGACGGCGCCGCGCCUGCUCUGCACCUUGGAGCCAGGGGUUGAUACGAAAUUGAAAUUCACUCUUGAACCAUCUUUAGGUCAAAAUGGUUUUCAGCAGUGGCAUGAUGCACUCAAGGCAGUGGCCAGAUUGCCAACAGGCAUACCGAAAGAAUGGCGGAGAAAGGUUUGGCUGACCUUAGCUGAUCAGUACUUACACAGUAUAGCCAUUGACUGGGAUAAAACCAUGCGUUUCACGUUCAAUGAAAGAAGUAAUCCUGAUGAUGACUCUAUGGGCAUCCAGAUAGUAAAGGACCUUCACCGAACUGGUUGCAGUUCUUACUGUGGCCAGGAGGCAGAGCAAGAUCGAGUGGUACUAAAACGCGUUUUGCUGGCUUAUGCCAGGUGGAAUAAAUCUGUUGGCUAUUGUCAAGGAUUUAACAUACUAGCUGCCCUUAUUCUAGAAGUAAUGGAGGGCAAUGAAGGAGAUGCCCUGAAAAUCAUGAUUUACCUAAUUGAUAAGGUGCUUCCUGAUAGUUAUUUUGUCAAUAAUCUCCGCGCUCUUUCCGUCGAUAUGGCUGUUUUCCGAGAUCUUUUACGAAUGAAGCUUCCUGAACUGUCCCAGCACUUAGACACCCUGCAAAGAGCUGCUAACAGAGAGAGUGGAGGAGGCUACGAACCCCCACUUACAAAUGUCUUCACAAUGCAGUGGUUUCUGACCCUCUUUGCCACUUGCCUGCCUAAUCAUACAGUUCUGAAGAUCUGGGAUUCAGUAUUCUUCGAAGGCUCUGAAAUUAUACUGAGAGUAGCUUUGGCUAUCUGGGCAAAGUUAGGAGAGCAAAUAGAGUGUUGUGAAACUGCAGAUGAGUUUUACAGUACCAUGGGCAAGCUGACCCAGGAGAUGCUGGAAGACAGUCUGAUUGACAGCAAUGAACUCAUGCAGACUGUUUAUACCAUGGCUCAGUUUCCCUUCCCACAGCUGGCGGAAUUAAGGGAGAAAUACACGUACAAUAUUACUCCUUUCCCUGCAGCAGUAAAAUCAACUUCACUCUCGGGAAAGCUAGGCAGAACCAGAGACAGUGAUGAGGAGAAUGACCUAGAUGACGAAGACUCAAUUGCCAAUGCAAUUGGCUGUCUUGGACCGUUAAGUGGAUUUUUGGCACCAGAGCUCCAAAAAUACCAAAAGCAGAUGAAAGAUCAGAAUGAAGAGCAAAGUCUGGGUUCCAGUAACAUUGCAGAAUUAAGUCCAGGAGCAAUAGACUCUUGCCGAAGCGAGUAUCAUGCUGCUUUUAACAGCAUGAUGAUGGAACGCAUGACUACUGAUAUUAACGCACUUAAAAAGCAAUAUUCCAGGAUAAAGAAGAAGCAGCAACAGCAGGUUCACCAUGUGUAUAUCAGAGCAGGAUCUGAAGAUGAUGACCCUGGGAUUUUUUUAGGUCCCAGGGACCAGCUGAACAAUGACAAAGGGCCAGUUACCAGCCUCCUCCCUUCUCAGGUAAACCAUUCCCCAGUGAUAAACCACCUCCUUUUAGGAAAGAAGAUGAAAUUGAGUAACAGGUCUCUCAAAAAUGCUGUUAUUCACAUCCCGAGUCAUGCUACCGGGAAGAUGUCUCCCAUUCCCCAAGAUGAUCUUAAAACAAAACUGAACUCUCCGUGGCGCACUCACAUACGCGUCCAUCGAAAGAAUAUUGCUAGGGCCAAAGGCCAGCUGGGCUAUGGGGAUACCAUAGGACUAAUAGAUGAGCAGAGCGAGAGCAGUAAAACAAAUAGUCCUGGUGCAAAGGAGGAGACUUCCAAACAUUCUGACUUUGGAGAAGGAGGAGGUGGCGGUUUGGAUGACAGGACUACUCGAAAAGCUGACCAGCAGUCGUCUGAGCCAGUCUCUACAGACAGUAGUACAAACAUGUCAGUGGUUCAGCUAAAACUGGAAGCAUUGGAGCUCACCACAGAUAACAAAACCGAUGCUGAAUCAACAUCCCAUCAGUGCGGCCAGCCACGUUUAUCAGAGUCCUCCAGUUCAUCCAGCGACAAUGGAAACCUGGCUAAAUCUCCCCAGCCUGGGAACUCAAAGCCGCAAGUCUUCAAUCCUUUUCCCAGUGUCAAGCCUCUUCGAAAGUCAGCUACAGCCAGGAAUUUGGGGCUGUAUGGCCCCACGGAAAGAACCCCGACUGUACACUUCCCACAGAUGAGCAGAAGUUUCAGUAAGUCUGCCAGUGGCAACAGUGGGACCAGGAAACGAUGACGUACUACUGGCACUUCGUAUUUCUGACAGCAACAAAAAUUUGUAUGCUUUUUUUUAAAUGUGUGUGUGUAUGUGUGUCCCAGAGCGUUUCUAAUCUUUAGGUAGGUAAUGGGGACAAAAGUGGUUACCAGAAGUAUAAAUAUGUGUCUUUGAAAAUUGUGCUCCCGUGUUGUUAUGGGAUAGAUUAGUGAAGAUGGACUCUGGCACCCUAUUGACGAUUCUGAUGGUUCUGUAGUAAACUAAACAUUGAUUUGCAGUGUGAGGCAUACCGUUUCUUUAAAUUUAACUCAGGCAUAAAAUCACUGGCUGCCUUCAACCCGUCAGUCCCCAUGGCUGCCUCCUGUCUCUUUCAAAGCUCGAAGGACAAAUUGUCCGGUGCAGCAGGCAGGUAUAACAGUUUUUAUGACUCUUACGCAGCUUCUCUGUUAGACCUCAUCAUCAUGGGUAGCUGGAGGAGCCAUGACUAACAGAAGCACAAGCAGCCCUAGCACUCGAAAGUAUCACUUUGUGUUCAACAUUCCCACUAAUCUACCCGCCCACCUGGCUUCAGACGUUCUCGAGAAGCAUUUUGUGCUUCUCUUCCCACAGCAGUCCUCUGCUGAUACUGGUUUUAAUACAAAUGUAGUGUAAAAAUCAUUUUUAAUAUAAAUAUAAUGCAUGAGAAUAGCAGACCUAAGUCCAUCCACAGCUCUGGUUUGCUCCUUUUGUGUUGCAUGUGUACAUACGUACUUUUCUGUUAGUUACUGCUGGAGAGUUGCAGCACUGCAAAAUUAGGUACAACUGUAUGUGUAGCUGUAUGAGUAUUACGGUACAUCUUGACUGUAAUCUAGAUUACAGGCUUGUAAUUAAAUUAUAUUUUCUAGUUUAGCAGUAGGUAAAAUAUAUGAAUCUUCCAAAGUAGUUUAGGGUUUUAAAUACUAGAAGUAGAGUGAUUAGAUACCUAGGGUGCCACUUAUCGUUAAAAGCCAACGCAUCAGCCACUAUGUAAGUGGGGUGGGCCCAUGGGACUGCUGUGGGCUUCCAGGGCUUGGUUCUCAUUUGGUGGGAAAGAGCAAUGGCAAAGCGAUAAGCUUGAGUAUUUACUUCAAAAUCAAAAAGCAAAGCUGGUGAAUACCAUAAGACAAGUCCUUUUUUUUCUCUAUACACUAAAUAGGCAAGCAGAAAAACUAAAUGUGAACAAUUCAACUUCAGGGGUGCACAGUUAGGCACUCUGAAAAUUACAGGUUGCUCAUAAAAAUGUUACAGCUCUGCUGUGAAUUGUACGUAUCGACUGUGCUCCAUUACCUUAUUGCUUCCACCUUUCCCAUGACGUGAAAGUGCAAUUACUUUAAACCGGAGUAAAAGCACUAAUGAUGAAUCACUGUAUGUAAUACCUUUCCUCCUUCUUUAAAAUUCUUUGUUAAAUUUGUGAAUAAAUAUAUCAUUGUCUAUUUAUUAAUGUAUCCCAUAACCGAUAGGAUGUGAUACCAGUUUUACUCUAUACCAUGAUUUAUAAGCUGUACAAUAUACCCUGUUUAUUGUUGUGGGGACAGUUUUAUUUUGUUGUUGUUUUAUACAAGUGUAUGCAUAUAAAAUAAUAUACAAGUAUGAACACUAUAAAUAUAAAACACAUGUAGUUCAGAUCUUGCCCCUGCCUUAUUUUCAGAUCAUAGUAGUAUUGUCACUAAUGAUUAUUUAUAGCGCUAAGUAAAUUUAAAGUAAUGUAGAAUUUAGUUGCUGAUCAUGGACUGUACGAGAAUUGUUUCUGCCUUGAUUUAGAAGAAAUGGACUUCUCAAAAUUUUACUGUGAAUCAUUUGCCCCAGUUUUUCUUAGCUUCGGUGUAUCAUGCGGCUGUAUACUGAACCAGUAAAAAUAAAAGGACUGUCAUUCUGCAAAACCUGA